AAUGGCGACCACGACCCACGAUGCAUUGCGAGAUCACGUGACUUCUGGAGCCCAAAUGGUAAAACAUGUCGGCAUCCGAACCAGCAACAAAGGAUUCUAUAGAAGAAAAAGACUCGAAAUGUGAGUCGAUAGCUGGGCCCAGUCAAGUCAAGCAGGAUGAUGCGGACAACGCCAUGACUGCUGUUGCCAGAAAUACUGAACCAUAUAGCAGCGUGCAGCCAGUGUUGAGCGCCCAGCCGUUGGGAAGGGAUGCGCCCAAAGAUGGAGAGGAUGGAGAAAAAUGGCCAGCUGAGUCCUCCCCACUUAACAAACCAGGGCAUGCAGCAAAAUCCUUACAAAUGUCGUCGUCCUCCUUGUUGUCCUCUCCUUCCACGUCUUUGACGCUGUCGCCAGGCCGAGCAAAGAUGAGUGUUUCUGGGCCUGUCAGUAGUAAACCUGUGCUGCCGUCUGCGCCUUCGUCGUCCUCCUCUCCAUCACUUUUAAGUGAAUCCCCUAAAAUCCAUCGAGCACGCAAAACAAUGAACCGGCCACCACCAGCGCAGAUGAGCCAAAUUCAAACACCAAGUGCACCAAUGCCUCCUUCAGGGUCAUCCUCAGAUACCGAAACUGUUGCAAAAAAGAGAAAAGUGGACCACAUAUCUGCCAGCACUCCUGAGAAGACAUUUUCCGACAAUACACAAAAUACGGAUUCAGAAUCUGAAUCAAAAAGAAGCACACCCAUUCAAAACAAAUCUCAGGAGUUCCCAUGGCAUCAGGCAGGAAAAGAACAAUUCACCUGUGAUGUAGUGGAAGCUGUUGGAGAUGGAAGAUCCACUGAGUACACAGAGGUUCCCUUAGGUGCCCUGGACAUCGCUGCUGCCGACAGCCUGACGCUCUCACCUCAUCAUGAAGGAAGUGAUGGAGGCGACACAGAGAGGCUGGAAGAGCUUCCUCUGUGCAGCUGCAGAAUGGAGGCUCCUCGCGUUGACAGCUCCGGCCACCAUGUCAGCAGACAGUGCAUGGCCACUGAGAGCAGCAAUGGAGAGUUGAGGGCUUGCACAAAUGUGACGAGCAAAGGAGAGACCAUGCGGCCGUCUAGUAAAGUAAACCUCAUGGUGCUUUGUGAAACUCAUCGCUCACACAUGGUCAAGCACCACUGCUGCCCCGGCUGUGGCUACUUUUGCAUUACUGGAACGUUCCUUGAGUGCUGUCCGGACCAGCGCAUAGCCCACCGUUUCCACCGGGGGUGUGUGACAGUGCUCGGGGGAGGGCGAAUUAGGGGAAAUGGAGGGAUGCUUUUCUGUCCCCACUGUGGUGAAGAUGCUACCGAGGCUCAGGAAGUCACCAUACCUUCCUCUGGCUCCACAGCCGCCUCGACGACUAAGGUUGUCACCAUGUCAGCGUCCUCUACCACAACACCGUCUCUGCCGCCAUCUGCUCCCACAGCGCCCUCGCUGACGGCCUCCACAGGAGGGAUGAAGGACGAAAAGAUGCCUGAAAGGCCUGUCAGUGCACGUAUGCGCAGCCAUGGAAUGGUAACACUGACCGUGGAGCAACAACAACAGCAACCAACCCAACCGGCACCCUCAACUGCGUCCGUCACCACCAUUCCUCCUCCAGAAGAAGGGGUGGACAGCGUGGGGCCUUCUGUCUGUAUGCCAAACGGGAAACCUGUUAGCCCCAGUGCUCUUCCACCAGGACCCAGCAGGGCAGCGCUACAAAAGGCUAUUCUCACACAGGACACUGAAAGGAAAAAGAAACUGAGGUUCCACCCUCGCCAACUCUACCCUGCUGCCAAGCAAGGCGAGGUGCAGAAAGUUUUAUUGAUGCUAAUGGAAGGCAUUGAUCCCACAUACCAGCCUGACUCUCAGAACAGGCGCUCUGCUCUACAUGCUGCCGCUCAAAGAGGACUCCUUGAAGUCUGCUACAUACUCCUGCAGGCAGGUGCCCAAAUUGAUGCUCAAGACAGAGACCUUAGAACGCCACUCCUUGAAGCCAUUGUCAACAACCACAUAGAGGUGGCUCGAUACCUGGUCCAGAAUGGCGCCUGUGUCUAUCAUGUUGAGACUGAUGGUUAUACUGGCCUCCACCAUUCAGCCAAACAGGGCAACCUAGAAAUUGUCAGCAUGCUGUUGGAGACAGGACAAGUUGAUGUCAAUGGUCAGGACAACGGCGGUUGGACGCCAAUUAUUUGGGCUGCAGAGCACAAACACGUGGAGGUGAUCAAGGUGCUGCUGAACCGAGGAGCCGACGUUACCAUCAGUGACAAGGAGCUGAAUGUGUGUCUCCACUGGGCAGCGUAUGCAGGAAGCGUGGAUAUUGCAGAGAUGGUGUUGAACGCUGGCUGUUCACUUGCAGCAGUAAACCUGCAUGGAGACACGCCACUCCACAUCGCUGCCAGAGAAGGCUACUUGGAAUGCGUUACGUUGUUUCUGUCCAGAGGUGCAGAUAUUGACAUCAUGAACAGGGAAGGAGACACACCCCUCACUCUUGCCCGCCCCGACACGCCAGUCUGGGUUGCACUCCAAAUCAACAGAAAGAUACGAAGGGGAAUAACCAAUCGUAUGCUUCGGACAGAAAGAAUCAUAUGCAGUGACAUUGCCCAAGGCUACGAGAACGUACCCAUUCCAUGUGUCAACGCGGUGGACGACGAAGGCUGCCCUUCGGACUACAAAUACGUUUCCGAAAACUGUGAAACGUCAGCGAUGAACAUAGAUCGCAACAUCACACAUUUACAGCACUGUGGCUGCACAGACGACUGCUCGUCUAGUAACUGUCUAUGUGGACAGCUCAGCAUCCGCUGCUGGUAUGACAAGGAUCAGCGGUUGCUGCAGGAGUUUAACAAGAUUGAACCCCCACUUAUUUUUGAAUGCAACAUGGCCUGCUCUUGUCACCGAACAUGCAAGAACAGAGUGGUACAGGCUGGCAUCAAAGUUCGCCUUCAACUCUACAGGACAGAGAAGAUGGGUUGGGGCGUUCGAGCGUUGCAGGACAUCCCCCAGGGAAGCUUCAUCUGCGAAUAUGUGGGGGAGCUGAUCUCGGAUGCAGAAGCCGACGUUAGAGAGGACGAUUCCUACCUUUUUGACUUGGACAAUAAGGACGGGGAGGUGUAUUGUAUUGAUGCUCGUUACUACGGCAACAUCAGCCGCUUCAUCAACCACCUUUGCGACCCCAACCUCAUCCCAGUGAGGGUCUUCAUGCUGCACCAGGACCUGAGGUUUCCUCGCAUUGCCUUCUUCAGCUCCAGAGACAUCCUCAGCGGCCAAGAGCUCGGGUUUGACUACGGAGACCGCUUUUGGGACAUCAAGAGCAAGUACUUUACCUGUCAGUGUGGCUCGGAGAAAUGCAAACACUCUGCAGAGGCCAUCGCUUUGGAACAGAGCAGACUAGCCAGAAUGGACGCCAGUCCAGAGGCGGGAGCAGACUGUGGAUUAACUAUACCCGGACACAUUUAAAGGAACUCAAACUCAUCGUAAUAUUAUGGCGCAUUUAACAACAUGUUUAAUCUACUAUACUUUUUAUUUUAGUCUAUGUGAUAACACAUUUGUAAUAUCAACUUUUAUCAAUCGUCGACAACUUGGGCCGAAAACAUUCAAUUAUUGCUAAAAAACAAAAUGAGAUCAAGUUUGCUUGCAUACUGUAUGCAUAUUGUCAAACAAUUUUUAUUUGCCAUCAUGUGUCACAUACAAUGUUUAGUUCCUGUUUUGCCAAGAAACAAGCAGCAUUUUUUUUACACAUUCUGACCUAACCUGCACCUGUACAGAGGAUUAGGAUUUCCAUUUGCAUUGACUUUUAUUUUUGUUUUCUAACUUUCCUAUAAUAAAUUCAGGACAAUGUUUUCCCACAUUGAUUCCUGCAAGCAUA